CUCUUUUUUUAUUUUAGUACAGUUUAACAGUUGAAAGUUUUAUAUAGACAGAAAGACACACCCACUACACACACUCACUAUACAAUAGACACUUCCCAACAACAGAUACUCUGCAUGGGGCAUAGAGAAAACCGAUUCAACUGCACAUAAUUUGGCGAUCACAGUGAACAGAUUUGUUGCGAACAUUUUUGGCAUUUUUGGAAACUUUACUUGCUAAACUAUUUGAACAUUUUUGCGCCGCUCGGCUGCCAUAUGAAAAAAGCGACAGUCGGCAAUUGAGAGCAGUGGGGAGGCGGUGGUAGGAGGGUCGCCUGGCAACCGACAAAAAGUUGCAUGCACAUAUUUUGGAUAAUAAAAGUCGAAAAUCGAGCAGGUGAGAGCGCGGUGGAGGCGGAGGCGGAGGCGGCCCCAGCGACGCUAGGCAACGAUUCGAGUAUCCUUCUCCUGCCCUUAUGUCGAAUGAGCCGCAGCAGAAAGCAUUCCCUGAACCACCACCGAUGGUGGUGUGUAACUGGCCCAAAACGUGGCGCUUCACCAAUGUGCAGCCGACUCUCAGCCAGUGCACAGUCACAAUGUACGGUCGUCUGCCGGUGGCAAGUAAUAUGAGCAGCGCAGUUGGAGGUGCGGGCGGCGCUGGUGGUGGUCAGGGACACGAGAAGAUGAAGAUCGGUUUCUGCACGGAUCUCGAUAAGUCGGUGUUGGUAAACAAUUUCGAGAAGCGAGGCUGGCAUCAGGUGAAUGGAGAUGAUGACUGGCAUUUCUAUUGGGCCGGCGUGCAGACGUGCCGGAAUAUCUUUAGCGUGGAUAGUGGGUAUCGUAUGCAUGACAAUCAGAUGAUUAAUCAUUUUCCCAAUCACUACGAGCUCUCGCGCAAAGAUUUGUUGGUGAAGAAUAUUAAACGUUAUCGCAAGGAUCUGGAGCGCGAUGGCAAUCCGCUGGCCGAAAAGGCGGAGUCGAAUAACUCGAGCGGGACGCGAUAUCUCUAUUUGGACUUUGUGCCCACAACAUUUGUGCUGCCCGCGGACUACAAUAUGUUUGUGGAGGAGUAUCGCAAGUUUCCGUUGAGCACGUGGAUCAUGAAACCGUGUGGCAAGUCUCAGGGAGCGGGCAUUUUCCUGAUCAACAAACUGUCCAAGCUAAAGAAGUGGUCGCGCGAGGCUAAGGGUCCUUUCCAUCCACAAAUUGCCAAAGAAAGUUACGUUAUCUCGCGCUACAUCGAUAAUCCGCUACUCAUUGGCGGCAAAAAGUUCGAUUUGCGUCUCUACGUACUGGUUACCUCCUUCAGGCCCCUGAAGGCUUAUCUGUUCAAGCAGGGCUUCUGUCGGUUCUGCACCGUCAAAUAUGACACAAGCGUCACCGAACUGGACAACAUGUAUGUGCAUUUGACAAAUGUGAGUGUGCAGAAGCAUGGUGGAGAGUACAACACGCUCCAUGGUGGUAAGUGGUCUGUGCAAAAUUUAGCGUUGUACUUGGAGGGCACGCGGGGCAAGGAAGUAACUGACAGGCUUUUCGGUGCUAUCUCUUGGCUAAUUGUACACUCCUUACGGGCUGUGGCGCCUGUGAUGGCCAGCGAUCGGCAUUGUUUCGAGUGCUAUGGAUAUGAUAUUAUUAUCGACAAUGCUCUGAAGCCUUGGCUAGUAGAGGUCAACGCAUCGCCUUCCCUGACCUCCACCACGGUUAAUGAUCGCAUAUUAAAGUACAAGCUAAUCGACAAUAUACUGUCUGUUGUGCUGCCCCCAGAUGGGGUGCCAGAUGUGCGCUGGAACAAAAUACCAAGUGCGGAUGCCUUGGGGAACUUUGAACUGCUUAUUGAUGAGGAGUUGGUGGCGCUGGACGAGGCCCAGAACAACACAACUUCCCACAACAAACCCUCUAAAGCAGGCGCGGGUAGUCGUUGGAAGUGACAAAGGGCUCGGCCCGGACAAACUUUGGGAUAACACAACGAAAUUGCAAGUUGAAAUCAUUGUUAAACUGCAACAAAUUGUACGUAGUAAAGAAAAACACUGACAAUUAUAAAAAGCCCUAUCUACAAAGUCAUGUAAAUACUAAAAGUAAUAGUAAAAGUAAUAUUAGUCAAAUAAAUUUUGCAUCGCAAAGCA